AAUCCCAAUCUCAGUAACACAGAAGCAGCACGAAACAGUUGACUACCGCCUUGACUUGAUUUCUCCGUGUGGACAAACCCAACAGCAGCACAAUGAGGCUCAUCUGCUGCUGCGUUGCUUUGCUGCUGCUCAUCUUCAUACCCAAUCCGUGUCAAGGAGGCAAUAUCUUGGUCUUUCCUAUUGAAGGCAGCCACUGGAUAAACAUGGAUAUUCUAAUCCAAGCUUUGCACUCCAAAGGACACAAUAUAACCAUCGUGCGUUCCAGUAAAAGCUGGUACAUCAAGGAUAAGUCUUCUUAUUACAAUGCCUUCACAGUUCAAGUUGAGAGGAGCUUAGAUCAAACAUUUAUUUCAAAACUGGUAUCUGACGUCAUUAAAUUUGAUAGGGGGGCGCUUCCUUUGACGAGUUUUCUCCACACGAGUGUAGGAAUGAUUGGCACAUUUGUUGACGCUCACAAAUUGGUGGGUGAAUAUGUAUCUGCAAUGUUAGAUGAUCAAGAAUUGAUGAGAAACAUGAAGGAUAGCAAGUUUGAUCUUGUACUCACUGACCCCUGCUGGGGUGGUGGAGUCAUAUUAGCCAAAUAUUUGAACCUUCCUUUGGUUUAUAAUGUUCGCUGGCUAAUAGCUGGAGAAGGUCAUUUUUCUAUUGCUCCUUCACCUCUGUCAUAUAUUCCUAUUACAGGAUCUGGUUACACUGAUAAGAUGAUGUUUUUGGAGAGAGUUAAAAACAUGGUUAUGUAUCUAAUAACCCAAAUGCAACAUACUAUAGUGAUUAAGCAGGUAUACCAGAAAAUAUGUGACAAAUAUCUUGGGCCAGAUAAUGACUAUCAUCAGUUAAAUAUUGACGCGGAUCUGUGGCUCAUGAGAGUGGAUUUUGUAUUUGAAUAUCCUCGUCCCACCAUGCCUAAUAUUAUCUAUAUGGGAGGGUUCCAGUGUAAACCUGCAAAACAUCUGCCUCAACACCUGGAGGAGUUUGUCCAGAGUUCAGGGGAACAUGGAGUCAUCAUAAUGUCUCUGGGGACUUUUGUAAAUGAUCUUCCUGCGGACCUAGCAAACAACAUAGCUGCAGCUUUUGCCACAUUACCUCAGAAAGUUAUCUGGAGUUAUAAAGGUGACAGACCAGCUGCUCUGGGCAACAACACUAUAGUAGUUGACUGGAUGCCACAGAAUGACCUUUUAGGACAUCCCAAAACUAAACUUUUUGUGGCUCAUGGAGGAACAAAUGGUGUUCAAGAAGCAAUUUAUCAUGGAGUGCCAGUUGUGGGCAUACCACUGUUUUUUGACCAAUAUGACAACCUGCUGCGUCUGAAAGACAGGGGAGCAGCUAAGAUUCUAUCCAUUAGCACAGUGGACAAAGACAACAACUUCCUGAAUGCCAUACAGGAAGUACUGAAUGAGCCCUCCUACAGGAUUAACAUGCAGAGACUCUCCAGGCUGCACAGAGAUCAGCCAAUGAAGCCACUCGAUACCGCCAUCUUUUGGAUAGAGUUUGUCAUGAGACACAAAGGAGCAGCUCACUUGAAAGCACAGUCCUACAGACUGCCCUGGUAUUCCUACCACUCUGUAGAUGUGUUUUUGUUCAUGGCUGUAGCUAUGCUUCUUGUUCUUUCAACAAUUUUUAUCUUGAUUAGGUGUCUAUACACUGCAAUGUGCAAACAUAAAGUGAAAUGCGAUUAAUCCUUCAAAGGAUAUACAUUGUUCAAUAUUAAAUUGGGCUUUACUCAUUUUGAGAUUAAAACCUUUGCUUAGCUGUCAAUCAAUGGAACAUUUUGAUGAUCACUAAGCAAUGGCAUUAUUUUUUAAAGGCAAUAUUUUAUAGUUAUUUUAAUAUUCAUUUGUUUUAUUAUGUGGAUGAACUACAUGGUUGUUGUUAUCUUCAAUCUGCUUUAAGUAGGACACUUUAUAAAUAAAACACUAGAAAGAAUAUCUUAAUUGAGUGAUACUUUAUUAGUCCCAGUAGGGUAAUUUAUGCUGUCUUUAUGACCCCUGUUCAAGGGUAAUUGCAAGAUUGCUUCCAAUACCCAGUGUUUAAGACAGGAACACAGGAAUUGUCCCAGAUAAGCCCACGCUCUGUAAUUUUUCCUUACUUACUUGAGCAAACUGUAUUAAAAUCUGCUUUUUAAUGUACCUCUAUGAAAAGUAAAUGAAAGAAAUUUGUGUCUGAUUGGUCCCAAAUUUAU